CCAUCUAUUGAAGAUUUUGUGUUUUUGAAACCAAUAAGUAGAGGAGCUUUUGGAAAAGUAUAUCUGGGUUGUAAGAAGACAGCACCUGAUAAAGUUUAUGCUAUAAAAGCUAUGAAGAAAUCAGAUCUAUUCAACAAAAAUCUUGUGAAACAAGUUACAACAGAAAGAGAUGCACUAGCUACAUCACACAGUCCUUUUGUUGUUAAUUUAUAUUAUUCUUUACAAUCAGAACAAAAUAUAUACUUGAUAAUGGAGUAUAUGAUAGGGGGUGAUGUAAAAAGUUUAUUGACUAUGUAUGGAUAUUUUGAUGAAGAUAUGGCUAAAAUGUACAUAGCUGAAGUAACAUUAGCUUUAGAAUAUCUGAAUGAUAAUGGUAUUAUUCACAGAGAUCUAAAACCAGAUAAUAUGUUGAUAUCCAAUGAAGGUCAUAUUAAAUUAACAGAUUUUGGUCUAUCAAAGAUCAGUAUUGAUGUGGGUAAUUUAAAACCUGCUUCAUCAAGUGUCAAUUAUCAUCGAACACCUGGUCAAAUAUUAUCAUUAAAAUCAUCUCUAGCUUUCGUAAGUUGUUCACAAAAUUUGAAUCCGGCCAAUGCGAAACAUUCCACUCCACCCAUACAGUGCCUUACUCCAACACUUGAGGACUCCCUUAAUUGGACAUCUACCGACAGUGACUCAAGCUAUGUUACAGCUCAUAGUAGUUCUCUAUCAAGACCCAUCAGUUCACUAGCAAUGAAUGCUGAUCAGUCAGCUAGCUUCACCAUAUCAGAUCGGAAAAAAUCUAUCACCAAGCCAGAGAAACGAGACAGUAGAUUUGACAGUGGAGCUGAAGUCACCACAGUAAAAAUACAAGCACCAUCUUCUAAUCAACAAACAAUUCAAUCUACAGCUUCCUCAAGUCAGGAUAGUUCCAUGGAUGAAACUCCCCAAUUACGUCUGUCUAAUGAAUCUGUAACACCAGCAGAAAUGAAGAAAACUCCAUUCAAAACUCCACAUAAAAACAUAAUGAAAACACCAUUUAGAACACCAAAAAGUGUACGAAGAGGACCAAAAGAUGAGGAAGAAGAGAGGAUUCUGGGUACUCCAGAUUAUCUGGCUCCAGAAAUUCUCAUGCAAAAACCACAUGGUGCAGGUGUUGAUUGGUGGGCUCUGGGUGUUUGUUUAUUCGAGUUUCUGACUGGUAUUCCACCUUUUAAUGAUCAAACACCAGAAUUAGUCUUUCAAAAUAUUCUUAAACGAGAUAUACCAUGGCCAGAAGAAGAAGAAGAAUUAAGUGAACAAGCUAAAUCAGCUAUUGAUGAAUUAUUAACUAUGGAUCCUGCACAACGACCACAAGCUCAGGGUGUAAAGAAUAUGGCAUUGUUUGCUGAUGUAGAUUGGGAACAUGUGUUAGAGACAGAACCUGCCUUUAUACCACAACCUGAUGAUGAAUUAGAUACCACAUAUUUUGAUGGUAAGAAGCUUCAACCACACUAG